GCAGCAAAAUGGCUGCACGUCCUGGCACCACACUACCUUGGAGCCCCGCCCCAUCAAGUCUCUCUGCUGCCACAACCAGACAAACCAACCCACUUGCUCUUCGUUGAAAGGCUCAUUCAGCCGUCCUUCCAGCCGUGCGCUCGCCCCUCCCCCUCCCUCCUCGCCUUCCUCCGCUCCCACCACCUCCUCCCCCCCUCGGGCCUCCCCCUCUUCCACGCCAACUGGACGCUCAGGCACCCGCCACCUGUCCCCCUCCCGCCACCUGGCGCUCCUGUCACCGCUGAUGUGGCAUCUGACGUGGCGGAGGGUGAUGGGUUUGGGGGAGUUAGGGAGCUUGUGGGGGAGGAUUGGGUGGUGGUGGUGGCGGUGCCACCUGGCGCGAUGCUAUUGGAUAAGAUGGAGGAGGUGGUGGACGGCAUAAUCCAAGACAACUGGUGGCACGGGCGGGUGGUGUACUUCCAGGGAGGAACGACGCUCAAGGAAGCCAGGGCUCUCUUCAGCCGCACGCUGCUCCUCAUCGCCCCACCAGGCGAGGCUCUUGACUUCAUUCUCUUCCUGCCGCCUGCUGCUGUCGUCCUCGAGCUGCAACCCGCCGACCAUCCCUCCUCCUCUCUCCGCACUCUCUCUCACUCCCUCUCCCUCCGCCACCACACUCUCUUCUGCAAGCUCGUAAACGUUUCCGGGCAGCCCAAAAAACUUGUCUGCGACCGGCUGGCACUCACCCUCAUCAUGCAGUCCCUCUCGACGGAAGUUUUCUUCAGCCCAGCGCUGCCCAGAGGCAGCCGGGCAGAACGAGCUGCCCUCAGGAGAAACUCCAUACCAGGUUCUCUGAUUCACGGGGAGGGGCAGGUGAAAAAAUGGAAGGAAUUGGCGGCAUGCGUGGCGAAAAACGGCAAGUGGGUCCAAAACCUGAAACCCCGAACCCUCCCUUGGGAUUACCGAGGAGUGAGCAACUACUGCGACAACAGACACUUAAGCUUAGAUUCUACCAAUAUGGCAUAUGCUAGUGUUGCGGAUGCAUAUGCAGUGAGGCCUGGGGCAACGGAGGAGGGGUGGACGGUGCGGGAGGGGAUUAAGUACGAGUGGGUAGUGGGGCGCAGCACUUGCCAGGCGCCUGAUGUGCCUGAGGAGAUUAAAGCCUUCGAGGGGAUGGCUAAGGUGCGGGUUGAGGCGGCUAGGGAGAGGGAGAAGGUCGCACAGGCUCAGGGGAAGGAGAAGGUCGGAAGUAGAGGAGAUGGGGAAGGGGAAAGGGAAGGGGGUGAGGGAGAAGACGGAGGAGAAGGAGGAGAAGCAGUGAAAGCAGUGAGAGCCACAGCAAGAGCAGCAGCAGAGGCAAGAAGAGCAGCAGAAGCGGCGGCGGCGGCAGCAGCAAUAGAUUUGACGGACCCCUGGCUGCCGUUUAACGCAUCUGUGUUCUGUGAGCGGGUGGGCCGAGGCAGACGGAUUCUGAUCAUCGGAGACUCGAAGCAGUACCAGAUGGUUCAGGCGUUCUUGAAUCUCAUGGCGUGGGGACUGAAGAAGCCGGCUCGGGACAUGGUCGCAGUGGAGGAGCGGCCGAAGCAGUGUGUGGACGCCCUGGGAGGGAGCACGGCCAAAAUGGGACACGAGUUCUGCCAAUGGUACACUUUCAACUCUUCUGUCUGCCCAGGCUUUAAGCUGGACUUUAUUCGCAAUGACCACUUAUCAAUAUUUGACUCCAAGGGGGCUAUAUUCGACCACAUGCCGUGGGCUCAACCCGGUGUUGCUGAUAUCCCCUCUGCAGACGUCAUCGUUUUAAACAGAGGCCCCCACUGGACUCCUACACCUCAAUUCACUUCCGGCGUACAAAACGCUCUGCGGUUUAUACGAUAUAAUUACCCAGAUAAGCUCGUUAUCUACAGGAACACGCCGCCGGGGCACAAGGAUUGUGAAGAUUACGAUCGGCCACUGGAAAAGCGGCAAGAAACGGGCAGUCUGCCAUUUAACUGGGGUGAAUUCCCCAAGCAAAAUCGGGCGGCUAAAGAGCUGGUGGAGCAGGUUGGGGGGGUGUAUUUGGACGUGGAGGAGGCGGUGGGGCUGAGAGCAGAUGGGCAUAAUGGGUUCAUGCCUAAUAGGAAUAAAACAGACUGCUUGCAUUACUGCUUCCCGGGGCCCAUAGACGUUUACAUUCAGUUCAUGUACAAUGCUCUCAUUCGGCUGCUGCCACCACCCCCCCUGCAGCCCAUGCAAGUCCCGAGUCCCAACUGACUGACUUGACAGUUGACCUCGUCAUGUGAAGGAUUCUUUGUUGUAUGAAUGAAGCUACCGGUAUCAG